AUGAAAUACGAUGAUGACGAAGCGGAUGACGAUGAUGAUUAUACACUAUGUACACGAUUUCAUUUGAUAUACAGUGAAAGAAAUUUGGAUAAGGAUGGACAACGUGGUCAUUUAGAGGGCCUAGCAUCCGUUUAUUGUGAAUUGUUAAUGGCUCCCUUCGGAGAUAUUUUAAGUGCUUUAGAAAAUGCCAGACAAGCAGCAUGGGCUGAACGCAGUCCCAUGAAUCCUGCCGGCGGCAGUGGGAGUAGCGGUAGUGGCAGUGGCGUGAGUGGUGGCAUUGCCACACAACGACACCACGGUCAUCGUGGCAAUUCCAGCCGUGGUGGUCAUCUACCAAAUAGUCAUAGUCAGCCCAUAUAUGUGCCAGGAAAAUAUUCGCCCUCCAGUUGCCUAUCGGACAAGGAAGAAGAUGAAAUUUAUGGUUUCGGCUACGGCGUGUUUGCACCACGUGUUGGUCGUGGCACCUUAACGCAACAGCAACAUUUUAUACAACAACAAACGCUGCAGCAGCAGGCACAAAUCAACCAGCAGCAGCAACAACAACUGUCAUUAAUGCAAGGUGGUGGCGGUGGUCAUCAAUUACAGCAACGCCAUCCACAAAGUUUACAAUCGAUCCCGCCCAAUGCUGCUCAUUUGAAUUUUGUACAACAAAAUUGCCUAAGUCCUCGCUCAGCUUAUUUUUAUGAAUUUCCACCAACGACGGAGGGUCGUGAAACUAAAAAACGCACAACAUUAGCCCGUUUACUGAAAGGAUUAAAGACCGUCAAUCGUCGAGAUCGUGCCAGCCAUCAAAAUACAGCAGCUCAAGCCCAAGUCAGAGCGGCAAACGAACGUUUACGGCACUUUCAAACCCUAAAUGGUGGCCAUCAACAUAGUUUUGAGGAGACAAUCCAUAGGUUAAAAGUACAAGAGGCAAUGCGUAAAAAGGAGAAAUUUCAACGGGAACAUGAAGAGAUACUUCGUGACAUACGCAAGGGUCUACUGCAAAUGGGCCGGGAAGGUAAAAUAGAUGACACCUAUAUGUACGAUGAUGCUUUACGUAGUGGUCCCCAUUAUGCUGUCAGUGGUAUACAUCCCCAGGGUCAUUGGUACGAUGAACCGCCCUAUGAAAGUGAUCCCGAUGAUUUUCUGAUGUCGGGACUUAAUUAUGGACCAGCAGCAACAAUACAGGGCGGUCGUGUACGUUACUCCUCGAAUCGUGAUAGUACCGGUGUCAUUUCAUUACGUUCAGCCGGUGAUAUUUCCUUACCACAACGAGCACCACCGCGAAGAGGUCUCAUAUUACCUCAACAGCCACCAAAUCCACCGACAAUAAUUCCUUUAACACAUGCCAGAUCCCAUGACCGAGAAAGUGGCGAUUAUGCUGGCUCAAUAUCAGACCUCCAAAGUGUUACCUCCCGUCUCAGCACCGUAUCGAUUAGUACCAAUAAUUGCACGGCUCGUUAUCGUACACUGAGUGGUGGCCUUGGCAAUUCACCAUCUCUAUCGCCCAGUCCAUCCUCCGAUUAUGAAGACAUUGGCAUUGGUGCACCGCGUGCCCUGCCACCCAGCCUAGCGGCAAAGGUUAAAAAGAACGGUGCCAUUGCAACAAAAUCAAAUACAAUUAGCCAGAAAGCAACCAUACAUCAUACCAACGAAAUGCGAAACUCGCAAAAGGAAAUUGGCACAUUUAAUGAGAAUGGAGUGCGAAACUUUGUUGCCACAAAGGAUACUUCAAGGGAUUUUAGCAAUUCCCAAGAUAAUACCGACCGGGGCAGUAUGAGCGAUCAGGCCUUUGCAUAUUCGGCGAGUUCAGUGGAAAGUUUACCCAGUGCUUCCGGUUCAAGCACUCAGGCCUUAGUACGUCCAGGCAGUCCACAAAGUUCCAUUUCAACCGAUGAUCGCAUCUCGUUAGCAGCACCAAUAUGCAAAGCAAAGGCACUUGUCGAUAGCAUGGCAAAUCCUUACGAUAAGGAUGCACUUAAAUUUAAGAAAGGUGACAUAAUAGAAGUGCUUUCAAUGAACGCCUCGGGCAUAUGGAAGGGUCGUUGCCAUGGCCGUGUGGGUCAUUUUAAGUUUAUCAAUGUCGAAGUGCUGCCAGAUCAGCGUUUAAAACACUCACACAGUAAAACGCUGACUGGCCUGGCUGGCAAGAGUAUAAGUGCCGCCAUGGGUAUUGGCGGAAGGCAUAUGGCCAAUGUGAAUGGUCCACAUUCGGUGGAGGAUCUCUUAAUGCGCAUUGGCUUGAAGGAGUACACUUCGGUGUUUGUUUUAAAUGGCUACGAAGACCUGGAACUUUUCAAAGAACUUGAACCUGCCGAUUUGGAUUAUUUGGGUAUUAUUAAUCCAGAUCACCGAACCAAGUUAUUGACCGCAGUGCAGCUGUUGCAUGAUAUGGAUUGUGCUUCCAAUUUCCCCCAAACCGGUUCGGAUGUGGACAUUGCCGGUUCCAGUUCCGAAAACGACGAA